UCGAUACCGAACUCGGCGUUCACGUAUACGCCGGCCAUUCGCCACUUGUAUGCCUUCGCAUUGAAUCGUCGCAAAAAUGCCGGCGACAGAGAGAAAGCGCUGGAAGUGGUGACCACUGCUCUGCAGAAAGAAGAGAACAACUUCCCGGAUAUGAUAUGUUUGGCCGGAAGGAUAUACAAAGACUUAUUCGUGGAGUCUUCCUAUACGGACACAGAGAGUCUCAAUAACGCUAUCAAUUGGUACCGAAAGGGCUUUGAAGUGCAGCCCAACGAAUACGCGGGAAUCAAUUUGGCCACUCUUUUGGUCAUUAAAGGCAAUGAUUUCCCCAAAUGCUCUGAACUCCAACACAUCGCUUCCGUUCUCAAUAUACUGAUCGGAAGGAAAGGCAGUUUGGCGUCCAUUCAGGACUACUGGGAUGUGGCCACAUUCUUCGAGAUCAGUGUAUUGGCCGGAAACUACUCGAAAGCCAUUCAAGCGGCCGAAUGUAUGUUCAACUUAAAGCCCCCCAAAUGGUACCUCAAGUCCACUGUCGGCAACAUUCGACUUAUCAAUCAUUACAAACGCAAACCAGAAGACGCUCUCUUGACUCCCGAAGAGGAGAUCUUUCAGUUUUGGAUGGAAUACUUCAUCGAUGCUAUCAGUGAUGUCUCGAAUGUCAUCCGCUUUCCGAUGAUUGUGUUGGAAACGGACAAAAUCCUAAUGCCUUCAUACGUGACCGUCAAUCUGAACGGCGCCGACGGAAAGUCUUUGCAAAUCAACAAUAUUUGUAUCAAUUGUAUGAAAGACAAAGACAACUGCAAACGACCCCAUUCUUGGCUCUUCAAUGUCUCCGAAAUAAGAGGCGUUAGUUUAUACAAAGCAGACCAGAGAUGUCUAUUUCUUUACGUGCAUCUCAAUUGUGACGACUUUCAGAUGUUUUUCCCUUCAGAACAGCUCCGCAAAUCAUUUUAUGAUCUCAUCAUUGAGAUGACAGCCGACGAAGAGGGCGUAACAGACCUCGACUCUAUUGCAGACACCGGACCCAUUCAGUUUGAAUAUGAACUAAAUGAGCAAAACCGUCGCAUAAGGCUAGGGAAAGGCACGUAUGGAGUGGUAUUCGCGGCCAGAGAUCUUAGAACUCAAGUCACUAUUGCUGUCAAAGAGAUUCCAAUCAAAAACAUUGGUGAAGUGCAACCCCUUCACGAAGAAAUCAAACUUCACUCACAGUUGCGUCACAAGAAUAUUGUCAUAUAUUUGGGAUCU